AUGUCAACAUCACAACUCACCAUCCGUCCCGCGGCGCUAAAAUCUUCAGAUCAUGAGCUUCUAAUCGACUUCAAAGACUCUCAACUCGAGUGGCUGUCCGAAGUGGGAAGUACGGAACAAUGGGGCACACAGCCAGCUCGUGAGGGCAAUCCAUCAGUGUUGGAGAAAUGUCGCCAGUGGGUAGAAAAGAGCGAGUCACAUGUGCCAUGGGGCGCAGAGUGGUGCCGUGCUUUCGUUGCAGAGACAUCAACCGGUACGCCUGUUGCCGGACUGGUCCUGGACUCAAAAGCACCUGCAUAUGUUCGAGCCAUCCUUCCUGGACAGGACGAACAAGACCCAUUCGUCUACCUCGCAUAUUUGAUAUCAAAUCGGAAUGCAGGUGGAGAAAAGAAAGGUGCUGGUGCCGCAUUGAUCAAUGUAGCCAAGGAACAAACUCGAAAGGCAGGUUUGAAUCGGAUCUGCCUCGACUGUUUCCGUGGCAAUGGUCGGAAAUUGGUAAAAUAUUACGAGAGCCAGGGCUUCGUAUCGAUUGGUGACUUCAGUGCUUCGGUCCCAGACAAGGAUGACUGGCUUGGCUGCGUGAUGGAGAUGCGGGUCUGA